AUGUCCAUACGCAGACACGGUGCAGAUCCAGGCCUUAUUGACGGGAGGGGAAAGCUACCUAUGCACUAUGUAGAAUCAAGGUUAUUGUUACUUGGGAAGACCAUCGACUCCACUAGCAAGUCACGGUUCUUAGAGAUCUACCGGUUCCUGCAAGCCUGCAAUACGACACGCGACCUCGGCUGUAGCGGCGCGUUAUUGGAGGGCGCGAGUGGCAUGGGCAUGUACAUGGGUGCAGACACACGCACCCAGGAUGUGGAGAACCUGGAGGCGGAGGAUUUGGCCACUCUGCUCAACGGAAUGGUUUCUCUAUCGCUGAGCAGGCCUGAGACGGGUGACUCGUAGUGUGUAUGGCUUGGUAUUGGUAUCAUUAUGAUUUACAUAUACCCAUGGUGAAUGUGGGCCACGUUCUUUGUAUGGCGAACAGAGCCAGCAGCCAGAAUAACAACUGCAAGCACUUUGACAGAUGAGAAGAGUGACAGUUUCAUUACUGAACUUUGCUUAAACGAAACCACAUCUGGUAGAAUAAUGGUCACGACUAAACCCUGAGCGCGAGAAUAUGUCCAUGCCAUACGCGAGUGUUGUCAACCACUAUCGAAAGUAUGGCUAUUCAUCGACGUCGGGUACAGCAGAGUAACGAUAUAUCACACACACAAACGCAAAGCAGCGCACUAAUUGGGGAGGAGCAAUAGGUUUAAGUCCUUGUUUUAACAGAAUCCCUCGGAACCACGAAUGUGCGAAAGUACUGUAAUCGGAUUCUUGACUUGUUUGGAGGUCUCAGAGAUGAUGUCAAAUAAAUACAAUUCGA